CUUGAAAAGGCAACUCCACAGCACACAGACAGAGUCUUGGUUCUUGGAGGCUCCGCAUUCCCAGCAAUACCUUCCAAAUUCAAGCCUAGAACCUCCUAAUUCUCCUCCCAUCCUCUCAUUCUCAGACCCCAAUUCUAAUUUAUAGUUUCCUCCCAUCCCACAUUCUCCACUCCCACAUUCCCUUCAUUUUUUCUGAGAGAACCCACAUUGAGAAAUUCAUAAUGGCGGCGGCGGCGGCAGGGCGUGAGGAGAACGUGUACAUGGCGAAGCUGGCCGAGCAGGCCGAGAGGUACGAGGAAAUGGUGGAGUUCAUGGAGAAGGUCUCCUCGUCGCUGCCAGAGAAGGAGGAGCUGACGGUGGAGGAGCGUAAUCUGCUCUCCGUGGCCUACAAGAACGUGAUCGGCGCCAGGAGGGCGUCGUGGCGGAUUAUUUCCUCCAUAGAGCAGAAGGAGGAGUCGAAAGGUAACGAGGAUCACGUCUCCGCUAUCAAGGAAUACAGAUCUAAGAUUGAGACGGAGCUCUCCGGCAUCUGCGAUGGCAUUCUCCAGCUGCUCGACAAAAGGCUCAUUCCUUCCGCUUCCGCCAGCGAUUCCAAGGUUUUCUAUCUCAAAAUGAAGGGGGAUUACCAUAGGUACUUGGCCGAGUUCAAGACGGGUGCUGAAAGGAAAGAGGCUGCUGAGAGCACUCUCACUGCCUACAAGGCUGCUCAGGACAUCGCCAACGCAGAACUUGCCCCAACACACCCAAUCCGACUUGGAUUGGCUCUGAACUUCUCUGUCUUCUACUAUGAAAUAUUGAACUCCCCAGACCGUGCUUGUAAUCUUGCAAAACAGGCCUUUGAUGAAGCAAUUGCAGAGUUGGAUACCCUGGGAGAGGAGUCCUACAAAGAUAGUACCUUGAUUAUGCAACUUCUUCGUGACAACCUCACUCUAUGGACAUCUGACAUGCAGGAUGAAGGUGCCGAUGACAUCAAAGAAGCUCCCAAACCCGAAGAAGCUCAAAAGUCUGAAACGUAGAGUCUUCAAGUCUCAAUCAGUGGUUUUUAUUACAAUUUUUUUCUCAUACCUAUUUUAAGUUGGGUUUUUUACAUGCUAAUUUGGGUUUCUUCUAGGAGUUCAUAUAUUAGUUACUGAACUAUGGGUCGUGUAAGUUCUCUUUCAUUUCCAUAAUUUAAUUAUCCCAAGUUAUAAAAUUCUUUGAGUAGUGCGUUUGUUGCUCUUUGUCCA